CCACCACAACUACAAAAACAUUCCAAUAAACAACACACAAAGCACACACUUUGUCUUUCUUUAAACCCCAAUUGCAAGAGAAAAUGACGAAAGAGUCCACCACCAUUGACGUCGGCGAGCCAAGCACUGUCACCAAAAGUUCAAGCCAUGUCGUGAAGAAGAAGGGCUUCGUGGCAGCCGCAGCAGGAGGUGGUGCCAAGAGAGGUUUAGCCAUAUUCGAUUUCCUCCUCCGUUUGGCGGCCAUAGGAGUCACCAUCGGAGCUGCCUCUGUCAUGUACACCGCCCAGGAGACUCUUCCCUUCUUUACUCAGUUCCUCCAGUUCCAAGCCAGUUACGAUGACCUUCCUGCAUUUCAGUACUUUGUGAUAGCCGUAGCCAUAGUCGCUGGCUAUCUCGUCCUUUCACUUCCAUUCUCCAUCGUAACUAUUGUCCGUCCACUCGCUGUCGCGCCUCGGCUGAUCCUCCUCAUCUUCGAUACUUUGGUCGUGACGCUCAACACAUCAGCAGCUGCUGCGGCAGCAUCAAUCGUCUACCUUGCACACAACGGCAACCAAAACACCAACUGGCUCCCUAUCUGUCAGCAGUUUGGAGACUUUUGCCAAAACGUGAGCACCGCGGUUGUAGCAGCUUCUAUCGCGAUUCUCUUCUUCAUUGUUCUCAUCAUCAUCUCCGCCAUCGCCCUCAAGAGGCACUGAUUUCAUCUUUUUUAAGUAUCAAAAUCGUAAUUAAUGUACUUGUUGUAUAUGUUUGUGGCUUUGUGAAACACGAGAAUUGGUAUUAUUGUGUGAAAAUGUAAUUGAAGUUGUUUAUGUUUUUUAAAAGAAAUUUGUCUUUUGGUU